AUACCGAAUCGAAGGUCAAUUGGCAAGUUGCAUGCUUGGACCGUCCUCGACCAUGGCCGCUGUACUCGGACUGGAUAGGAUAGAAACAAUUCCAACGAUGGGAAGAUGAAUGGUUUGUUGAGACAAGCUAUCGUUGGAACACUGAGAACACGUAGUCGUAUUGCAUGCGCAGGGCAGUGUGCUAACAUGACAAGCAUUGCGGUCUUUCCGCCGUCGAGUUUCAUAGACGACACUGUGUCCGUCGUAGUCAGUGGUUUGGCACCGAACACUCGCGUUAGCUUACGGUCAAGUGUGCAGGAUAGAGACAAGGUUUUCCAAGCCGUGGGUCAUUUUGAAGCUGAUGGGGAUGGUAAAGUGGACCUUAACGCCCAGCAAUCACUGGGUGGUAGCUACACAGGACCAGGUCCAUUUCCAGCCGUGAUCGAUAUGUUUGGUCUAGCAGGUGGAGUCAUUGAAUACCGGGCAGCUAUGCUGGCUUCCAAGGGAAUCAUCGCCCUUGCUCUUCCCUACUUUAGUUACGAGGACCUGCCUCGGUCUUUCCAUCAUCUGGAGUUUGAAUAUUUUGAGGAGGCAACUGCCUGGCUAUCCUCGCAAUCCUUCGUGUCUCCCAAUGCUACAGGUAUUGUAGGCACAUCCUUUGGAGGCAGCAUAGCUCUUGAAAUGGCUGCAAGACUUCCCCAGAUAAAGGCGGUUGUUGCUACUUCAUGCCUUCCAUUUUUUAAAACGCUCCUCACGUACCGCGGGGAAAGGACGCCUUCUUCACAUCCGCCAGUCGAUCCAGAGAAAGGCUACAUGAGCAAAGAAGGCUUUGCGAUGAAAGAAAUGUUUACGGAGGACGUCUGUAACUUACCCGACGAGGAACUAAUCGAUAUGCAGAACUCGGAGGCACGUUUCCUUUUCGUCCUUGGGGAGGACGAUCAAAAUGUCCCCGCCGCAGAGGGCGCCAGACGGACGGUGCAGAAGAUGCAGUCUCACAAUAAGACUAACUACGAGUUGCUGAGCUACAAGGGGGCGGGGCAUCUUCUGGAACCCCCUUUCCAACCUGCAGGCAGAGGGAUCUAUAAUGCUCCACUGGACCACGUGCUGGAUUUCGGUGGAGAGAUGAAAGCACACGCUCAUGCCUGUCAGGAUGUUUGGUCUAAGACUCUUUCCUUCUUGCGAAGACACCUAAUGACCACUGAAGGAGACGGACAUCAACUAACAUCAUCGUCAAGAAUUAGCAAGCUUUAAGUUCUGGUGAAUUUAAACGUCAUGUAUAUGGAGAUCAAUGGCUGCGACCGCGCCGCGCCCUCUAUCGUUCAGUUAAAACCAAUUUGUUGCCAGGCCAGCCAGGCGGAACGCCUGGCUAGGCUGCAUGUAUAAUUAUACUGGGCCUUUCAAGUUCGUCGACUCGUCAGUCUGGUUCUCUAGUCCCUUAGUUGUAUUCGUGUUGUUGGCUCAUUGAUGGGCCGACAGGAGGUACAAACUCAAAGAAAUAUGUAAUUAAAAAAAAUAACGCAAAAGAACUAAUUUUAUUGCAACUUUUGAGGCUUGAUAUUGAGCAGGAAAUCACAUGAGAAAUGACUCGGACACAUCUUUGGAAAAAAACAAUAAAAGACUCUUGGCCCGAACAUUGGCGUAUGUAGGUUUCGAGUCUGGGAUGAACACAAAGUGGGGAAUAAUCUGAACAUUUUCAAAUCUACAAAUACAUGUAUUUUCAUGGGGGAGGGAUCGGCUGGCAUCAAGAGGGAAGUAACUGCCAAAAAUAUUCAAUGUCAACAGUUUUCUUUAAUGUGGUAUUAAACAAGAAAACAAGUACUUAAAGUAAUUAUAUAUUAUGUACAAUCAAUAAAAUUAUUCCAGCUGAGCAAUAUUGUGUAGUUAUUGUAAAUGUGUAUAAUGUCCAGAUAAAUUAACAAUUUUUUUUGAAAAUUUAAAUGCAUUUUCUAUGCUACCUAUAGUGGCAAUUAUUAAAACUGCAACCAUUCUUGAUGUCCUUGAGGGCCAAGUUUUGAUGGUCUGCUCUUUU